GGACUUGAAGUUGGACAACGUGCUGCUGGACUACGAGGGUCACUGCAAGCUGGCAGACUUUGGAAUGUGCAAAGAGGGCAUUCACAAUGGCAUUACCACAGCCACCUUCUGUGGUACACCAGACUACAUCGCUCCGGAGAUCCUGCAGGAGAUGCUGUACGGCCCUGACGUGGACUGGUGGGCCAUGGGCGUGCUGCUGUAUGAGAUGCUGUGUGGCCACGCACCCUUCGAGGCGGAGAACGAGGACGAUCUCUUCGAGGCCAUUCUGAAUGACGAAGUCGUCUACCCAACGUGGCUCCAGCAGGACGCAGUAGCAAUCCUCAAAGCAUUCAUGACGAAGAACCCCAACAUGCGGCUGGGCAGCCUGGGACUGGGCGGCGAGAGCGCGAUUCUGCGGCACCCCUACUUCAAAGAUGCCUGCUUAACCAGCGUCAGAUGGAGCCACCGUUCAGGCCCCGAAUUAAAUCCAAAGAUGACGUGAGCAACUUCGAUCCAGAUUUUAUAAAAGAGGAGCCCAUUCUGACUCCCAUUGAAGAAGGAAUUCUUCCAAUGAUAAACCAAGAUGAAUUUAGAAACUUUUCAUUCACAAGCCCAGAACUGCAGCAAUAGCUACGGCUCUGGGGAAGGGCUGCUGAGAGGACUGGGGGGAAAUGAAAUGAAAACCAAGUUUACCAGAAAUUUCCUUCUCAAGGAGUAAUAGUGCACUGACUUUAUGCGAUACAGCAGCACCACUGUCAACAUUACGUUAAUGUGAAAUUGAAACCUUCCUGUGUUUGUAGGGUUUAUGCAGCUCGUGGAUCAAAUAUUGACAGAGGUGGAACAAACAUGAUAUUGUAAAUAGCUGAUGCAGACAGAGAAUUGAAUGCUGAGCUAGUUGGCUCAGCCUGAAUGUCACCACUUGCAGUGGAUUCAAGGAGUCGGCAUGAGCAUGAAACAAGUGUCUUGCAGCUCUGAGCCAAACAGACUUGUUACAAUUCUGAUUGUUUGCAAGACUAUUUUGAGGGGUCCCAGCACUGUCCGGCGUUUUGGAGCCGUGAUCCAGCAUCCCAUGGCCUGACUGAACCAGAUGUUCCUACUGACUUUACCUGUUUCUGCAGUAUUUAUUUCUUUCCGAAGGACAAGUGGCUCUCUUUGCCACUGUUUGGGUUUCCAUGUGAAAUCUUUCAUUGUGCUGACUAGAAGAAGGAAAAAAACAAAUGCCCUGUGCCCCACACAGAUUCUUCCAAAUCAAAGGGAAGUCAUGUGCUCGUAGUGUUUUAC